AUCCCCUGUACUCUAAGGUAGCUGACAAACCACAUUUUCAGUGGUUGGUUAUAACAGAUCGGAGACUACAUUUCCCAGAAGGCGAUGUGGAUAAUGAGCCUACUCUUCCCAAAAACCCUUGCGUGGCCGAACUAGCCUUCCCGGCCAGCGCCCCCUCCUGCCUGAAGCUCUAUGCCUUGGAAAACAUGAGGGGCCUUUGGGCUUUACGGCUUCUUCGCCUCGGCGGAAGCGGGAGCCUCUCGGGGGCUCUUUCCCUUCACGGGAGGCCCGUCGGUGUAGCAGGCGGCCCACUGGCCCAGUGGAGAGGUUUGCUGACCACCAGCUCCAAGAAAAAUUAUGACAUGAGGAGAGUAGACAUAACUCCUUUAGAGCAAAGGAAGUUAACUUUUGAUACCCAUUCAGUGGUUCAGGACUUAGAAAGUCAUGGAUUUGAAAAAGCACAAGCAGAAACCAUUGUGUUAGCAUUAAUAAUUCUGUCAAAUGUCAGCCUAGACACAAUCUAUAAGGAGAUGGUCACUCGAGCUCAACAGGAAAUUACUGUACAGCAAAUAAUGGCACAUUUGGAUUCGAUCCGGAAAGAUAUGGUCAUCCUAGAGAAAAGUGAAUUUGCAAAUCUGAGAGCAGAGAAUGAGAAAAUGAAAAUUGAACUAGACCAAAUUAAACAACAACUAAUACUUGAAACUACUCGAAGCAGAGCAAAUAAUAAACUGGAUAUCAACCUGGAGAGGAGCAGAGUGACAGAUCUGUUUACAGAUCAAGAAAAGAAACUUAUGGAAGCAACCACUGAAUUUAACAAAAAAGAUACCCAUAUCAAAAACAGUAUUUCACAGACCAGCAAUAAAAUUGACAUUGAAAUUGCUUCUCUAAAAACACUGAUGGAGUCAAACAAACUCGAGACAAUUCGUUAUCUUGCAGCAUCUGUUUUUACUUGCCUGGGAAUAGCCCUGGGAUUUUACCGCUUCUGGAAAUAAUAGCAGCUCUUCAGUAUCACCACCAGCAGGAGAAAGGCUACUUUUUGAUACAUUUGAAGAUUUUUGCUUUUGUAUAACACUCUGGGGACAGAUUCAGUUUGGCCAGUCUUGAUUCCUGAAUAAAUCUAUUUGCCUUUAUUCCCUGAUACCAAAAAGCUGUCAUUCAGAACCUAAUUAAAGUGUGGUAGAAAGGUAUUUCAUGGUUUAUACUUGCAGGUAGUUUACAGAGUUGGAAACAGUUUGCUCAUUGUGUCCUUUCAUAACCUAACCUAUGCACAUAACCUAACUUAUAUAGUUUGGACAGUUUUGGCUGCAUUUUUCAUCACGACUUGAUCCUAUUUGUGGGUUUUCAUUUUUUUACUAAGUAGUAAGAAAAAUUCUUAUAUUCAUAUUUACAUAUUGAAGUAAAAUAAAAGACUAUUAUAACUUCACUCAUUGAAUUUUAA